ACGAACGCUCAUGGAGCUCGGCUCGCUGCAGCACCUCGGCGACAGCUUCUCCUACCGGUGGCUCAAGUACGCCGCGCAGGCGCCGUCGUUCAAGCGCCUCGUCGACGACGAUGUCGGCGGAAGCUCCAGGUACUUCAUUGACAUGGACCCCGCCGACCUCUUCUCCAUGCGGUGGACCGGCAGCGACUUCGACUUUGACCUGCCCGGCGGCGGCGGCGACGGCGCCUCCCCGAUCCCGCUGCUGGCCAGCGCGAGCCAGAUCUUCCACGACGGCCGUCUCCUCCCCCACGAGCUCGACUACGGCGGCUUUGAAGUUCAGGAAGACGGCGACGUCGUCGGCGAGUCCUCUGCGCCUCGCGUUGCGGACCUGCUGAGCGAGCCGCUGCUCUCGGUCUCGUCGCCGCCGUUCCACUCGGCGCAGAGCACGCCGGCCUCGCUCAGCUCGUCGUCCAGCGCGAGGAGCGGCGCCAGCAAGAACGCCACCACCACCAUGCCACCGCUGCUCGCCGGGAGGCGCGGAGGCGGCGGCGGGUCGUCGUCGCCGUGGAAGAUACUGCUCAGGUACCUGCGGUUCCUCAUGCCGCUCUACCGGAAGGUCAGGGCGCUGCCGCAGCGUUCGCCGAGGACGACGAAGGUCUCGCCGGCGAGCCCGGCGAGUGCGAGGGCGUCCACGUCCAGCAUCGAGUGGUGCCACGGCAUUGCCGACACGGCCGUCCACGACGCCAUCCUCUACUGCAAGAAAUCCAGUGGACAAAAUAUAUAGCCUGGAAUCAAGGCUAGCUUCUGAAUCUGCAAGAGAGUGAACUGAUGAUCUUGUGGCCUCUCAACUCAAGAUCAUCCUUUUUUUUCCUCCAUCAUUUUGUUGUAAAUCCACAUAAAUUACCUAAACACUGUAUAUGCAUGUGACAAGCUGCACGAGGAGUACGUUUAACGGUUGUAUGAACAGCUCGUUUAGAGUGUAAUAGAUGGCUCCCUUUUCUUGUCUUUCUCGUUUA